CAGAACCCAAAAAGGUUCCCAUCCAGCGGCUGGCGGGGGAACGCAGAGCGGAUCUCACCUCCAGAGAAGAUGGCUCCCACUUUGCUGCUUCUCAGCCUGGCAGCCGCACUUACGACCGUAACGCCCGCAAAAGUUUGUGGCCGGCCUCGCGUCUCCGAUGGCGUCGACGUUUCCUCCCUGAAGCGCGUGUUUGAGAUCGGAGAAGACGUGAGCCUCUCGUGCGAGCGGGGCUACUCGCCUUCAACGGCGACGCCUCCCAGGAUAACCUGCACGGCGACAGGGGAAUGGACGCCGGCGAACCUGGCGUGUUCCCCCAAGAUGUGCCAGAUACCCAGGCCUUUGCAGCCAUUUGCCAAAGGCAGGACAGAGGCUCCUUUUAAGAGCGUGCUCAACUUCUCAUGCGAUGACGGGUACGUGAUGUUGGGGGCUAAUGAAAGCAGGUGCUUGCACGAUGGCACCUGGAGUCACCCACCUCCUCUCUGCAAAGGCGUGAACUGUCCUCUGCCCAAGCCACCAAGAGAGGGAAGGAUUGUCCACGACAAGCCCGUUACAGGAACGUCUACAAUUUAUGGACAAGGCUGGACGUACGAGUGCAACCCACCCAAAGCACCGAGUCACGAGAGAGGCUCCUGCAUGGCUGAUGGCACCGCGACCGAACCUCCGGUUUGUCGAGAUGUGAGCUGCUCCAUUCCUCCAAGCAUACCAAAUGGCGUCAUCACGUUUGCCGUGAUGAGGCAACACGGGUACAAGGAGAAGGUUAAGUAUUCCUGCAACGAGCAUUAUACCAUGGAGGGUGAGGCUGAGAUCCAGUGCCAAAACACUGGAAACUGGUCAUCAAAGCCAGUCUGCAGGGCUCCCUGCGAAGUUGGAAUCAAAAGAGGGCGCAUCUUCUACAACGCCAGGAAGAUCUGGAUUGAAGACCUGAGGCCAAACAGAGUGCUCCAUGGCGAGCAUGUUGCCUUCUAUUGCAAGGACAAAGCUGAAAAGUGUGGCUACCCCGUGACCAGCACCUGUAACGACGGAAACCUCCCCAUCCCAGACUGCUACGAACAACCGGGCAAAAUCGAGUACAACCUAAGGUCUAAGAACCUUCCGUCAGAGAUCAGAUCGUGCGUGGCACCACCCGCCGCAAACCCAACGAGACCCCCAAGCCCUGCAUGAGCAACUUACGGCGCCACGAACUGGGGAAGACAUGACCGCCUUCCUAAUAUUCCCUGCUUUUGUUUUCUGUUCAGUUAGACUGGCAAUAAAUAAAUAAAUGCAAGAUGACUAAAACAAA